UUUAUGUUCGUGUUUAUUUCACGCUCUCGCGGGUCAUUCCGCCUCAGUCUCACCUGUUGCCGCUGACGUCAGCUCAUAAUGACAUGUGUGCAGCUGCUGUAUGUUUGUUUGUUUGUUUGCUUUGGAAGAGGAAGUGACAGCGUGAAGGAGCAGUGACAGCGUGAAGCGGAGCUGCAGUGGAAAUCACUUCCCGCGUUCAGCGGCGUCGUUUCCUCGUGGAUCGUGGAAUGAUCGUGGUGUGAAGACGCCUCAGUUCAGCUUCAUUGUUGAUGCAGCGCCGCCUCAGGCGAGGAGAGGAACACGUUAUUCAAAAGCCUGAACAUGCCCUGGAAUAACACGGAGAACUCCUGCAGCCCUUGGUCACAGGGGCUACAACCACCAUGGAUUUCCAGAGAGGGAGGAUAUCGGAGCCCCGCCUACUCGGGGGUGGAGUCGGAUACAGAGAGUAGCAGCACAGAGAGUGAGAGGUCUUCCAGUAGAAAGCUGGACGUGGUCUCAGUGAGGGUCCAGACUUUGACCUCAAUGCUCCAACAGCGGUUUACAGAGAUCGAUCAACAGAAGGAGGAACUUCAGAUCGAGCUGCAGCUGGAGAAUGCUUUGCUGCAGGGCGAGCUGCAGACAGAGAAGCAGCAGCUCGACAGACACAUACAGAAGCUGCAGGCUCUACAGCAGGAGCUUAGACGGAAAGAAAAGCAAAGACAUACCAGCAGACAAAAGGAGCUGGAGAGUCUGGAGAGGGAGAGUCGCAGGGUGCAGGAGCUCAGGCGGAGCUGUGAGGAGAAGGAGAAGCUGAUCCCCAGUCAGUCAGAGAGCUGCAGAGAACAGCUGAUCCUGCAGCUGCAGCAGGAGAAAGAGGCGAUGGACUUGGCUGUUCGGGCUUUUGAGGACUGGGAGUUUCACUUCCUGGAGCAAGAGAGCUGCAUUGAUGAGGAGGAUGAGAGCACUGUGGACAAUGCAGAGCAGGGAGAACAUGAGGGGGAAUUAGAAAAGGAAAUCCUUUGUCAACAACAUGUGGUCACCACAACACAGGAGCGAGUUCAGCAGCUGGAGCGACAGCUGAAGGAGGUGCAGAGAGAGAAUGAGAGGGAGCUGAAUGCCUUGAGGAGAGAGAAGAGAGAACUCCUCCACAAAACCCAAACAGUUCACAAAGAAAAGAAGCCGUUCACCGAUUGGUCGAACAUCACCAGCUCCGCCCCCUGCAUGAUGUCACUCUCCCCUCUUUCCGUUCACACGCCCCCUCAGGAGCCAUGCAAAGAAUCUACCAGUCUGCCGAGACGACGGAGUUCACAUCGCAGCAACAGACACAGCGACAGGCCCGUCUCAGCGCAGGGUUUGGUGAGACCACCUUCAGACAGUCAGAGGCCCGUGGCCCUUGCGUCCCCCAUUUCCUCCCAAAGACUCAGCAAUGGAUACAGUGGUGGACAAAGACCUGGGUCUGUCCUCAGUCCGUCCAACAGUGCAACAAACCCUCGUGCUGCCAGUCACAUGGAAUGGUUUCCCAACAGUCUUGAAGGAGUUCCCAGAGGUUCCCAGAGGUUCCCAGAGGUUCCCAGAGGUUCCCAGAGGUUCCCAGAGGUUCCCAGAGGUUCCCAGAGUCCAUGUCUGCUGGAGCUUGUGGAGAUGGAGAAGAAACUGAGAGAGGCUAAGGCAGAGAGAGAGAGGCUGCUCAGAGAGAGGGAAGAGCAGUGGCUGUUGCUGGAGGAGAGGAGGCAGAAAGAGCCAAUCUCUUCCAUAGCAGAAACCCCACAAAGAGCAGAACCAGAACCAAAGGUCCAGGACAGUUCUCCUCUAAAGGCCCAAGAGCUGUGCAGCCAGGCCCUUUAUCUCUCUCCAAACUUUGACCUCCGGGUCCACGUGGAGUCUUUGGGUCAUGGCGUGACUGGCUGCUCAGACCUGCGGCUGACGUCUCGCCGCUGUGCUGGCUUCCUGACCAAACGAGGGGGAAGGGUCAAGACCUGGAAGAAGCGCUGGUUUUUGUUUGACACGGAGCACAGACGACUGGCUUACUACACAGACUGUGAUGAGAGGAAGCUAAAAGGAGUGAUUUACUUCCAAGCCAUAGAAGAAGUUUACUACGACCAUUUACGAACAGCCACAUCAUCUCCACGGCCCAAUCUGACGUUCUGUGUGAAGACAUACGACCGCCUCUUCUUUCUGGUGGCUUCCAAUGCAGUAUCCAUGCGGAUUUGGAUGGAUGUCAUUGUCACGGCAACAGACGAGCACUGUCGUCAUUGACAUCUUGCACAUGAGGCUGUUACAUGGAGGAGUGAUGCUUCAGUGGCAGCACAGUUCACCACCGGACCAGCUUUUUACACCAGUGUGCAAACUGAGCAUCUUGUUACUGGGACAUUUCACUGGUUAUGGCAGACCCCCCUCUGCUGGUCAUAGUGCAGCGUUACAGUCGUGUUGACCAUUACUUGAUUAUAAUGCACAACUACAUCAUGGAGAGGACACUGCCACACUGCAACAGCAGAGCAGCUUCACUAUAUAAUGCAAUUCAAUGUUUGUCAUAGGUGUUGAAAAUAAACUUUUGGGUUGGUUUAUAUAUCUGAGAUGUUUCUGUUAACACUGUUUUUCACCAGUUUGUUUGUUGUUGUUUUUUACAUUGUGUUGUAUUAACUUAUUAUCUGGAAAUUUAUAUAAGGUUGAUUCACAAAUAAUUUAAGAAAUACAACGUAUGGAUGCACUUUUAAAUGUUUGUGUUAUGGGUCCUAAGGAUGAAGACCACAGUAACGAAGAUGUCAUCUGUAUUCAUGUAAGAGAGGAGCAAUGAGGACAUGGUACUAGUUUCCUCCAAGAUUUCCUCUUUUUCUUGAACAAUUAUCGACAGUUACGUCAAUGCCACAUAUCUCUGCUUUAUUCUAAGUGGUUAACAAUAAACAGUUAUGUUUCCUAUAUUUCUUACCUCUCAAGUCACCCUACAAUAAAUACUUUUCACAAUG